AUGGUAAAUUGGAGUAUCGUUACGAAAGUGAAUACAUCACUGAAUUCACAUAAACAUUGCCCGCUGGCAGUCCUCUUGACGCCAUAUCAGAACAUCAUAUGGUUUUGCAAGCAGUUCUUACUUUUAUCAGUACACAUUUGGAACAAGUCGGCCUUCAUGGUAAUGAUCUCUAAAGAUUUUAGAGAUGGUGUCUUACUUAUCCUAUUAAUGGGUCUUAUUGAUGGCUAUUUUGUACCAUUUCAUGCAUAUCAUCCAACACCAACAACAGAAGAAUUGUGUACAUCAAAUGUUAAACUAGCCUUCGAACUUAUUCAAGCAGCUGGUAUGGUUGAACCUCCAGCAAAACCUGAAGAAAUUGUUGCAGGCGAUAGCAGUGCUGUAUUACGCGUGUUGUAUGGCAUCUACUCAUAUUGUGCACAUAUGGAGGAUGAACAACGUCGGUAUGAAAUAAAUAAUAUUCGGGAAUAA